AUGCCAGGCGAGCUCAAGACUAUCAGCAGCGGGGACGAGAAGACGGUUGUUGGCACCGAUGCGACGGACAAUGUGUGGCUGUUCAACGGUGCGACAUGGGACCAGGCCCCCGGGAAAAUGACCCAGGUAUCAGUCGGGCUGAGCGGCAUGUGGGCGGUUGACAAGGCGAACAAGCUGUACUAUUGGGACGAUGGCCAACAGAACUUCGUGGAGCUGAAGACUGGCGUAGCUGUUACCCAGGUGGCGUCCGGGCAAGACGUUUACAUUUUGGAUACCCAGCGCAACAUUUUCAAAUACCAAGGCGAUGAGAAGUGGAUCCAGUUGGACGGCAAGCUUGAUUCAAUCGACACGAGCGAUUACGGGGACCUGUGGGGGAUUCAGGUCGGGGAGUUGAAAAGGGCGCACCGCCGCAUUAACGGGGGCUGGGUCUAUGUCCUGGGGCCAGACAACCGGGACACUCUCAAGCAGGUGUCCACCGGCAUCAGCGGCGUGUGGGCAGUCGACAGCAAUGGCACGGUGUACCGUUGGGUGAACAGCACGAGACACGAGGGCGCGUGGGUCAAGGCAGAGGGAUCCCUCAAGUCCAUCAGCGCAGGCUACCCCCUCGUGUGGGGGCUCGACACAAACGGCAAAGUCUACAAGUACAGUUCGGACGGCACUGACUCUGGUGGCCCUCAAAAGACUUCAACGGCCGUCGUCCCUGUUGCACAAAAGCUGCGCGUGGUCGGGGAGUAUGUACCGACGCCCGGCCCCCGGCACAGCGCCUACCCGGCGCACCUCGACCCGACCAACGACGCGACUAAACUCGGCGACUAUCUUGCCUAUUCCAACGAGCUCUGCACUCUGGAGGACGUUUUCCCCGAUCCGGGCCCGGGGAAGCGCGAGCGCAUCGGGCUGUCCACCGGGGUUUGCACGGUGAUCCAGGAACCGAGCGCGGGCGACCCUGCCACGGUGUUCCAGUGCCAAACGUCGCUGCAAUUUCAGUCGGGGAAGUACGCCGGGAGCAGCAUCUUCCUCGCCAUUGUUUACAGCGACGGCAACGUGCCUGCAUACGCUAUCCUCGGAGGGACCGGCUAUUUCAAGAACGUCCAGGGGCAGGCCACCCAGGUGGACGAGACCCCCUUCGCUGCCCAGUCCCCGCACGGAGAGUACUACAUCGAUCUCGAGUACUAUCUACCGGGUGGUUCCAAGGCCGGUGCACCUGCGCCAAUCACUUCAGACGAUUUCAAAGUAGCACUACGCACGUCUGGAUAGGCACAGGGAGAAAUUAGAACCAUGACCAGACCUGGUUGCAUGGGCUUUGUUUACAUGCCCUUCUACCAGACGAAGCUGAUUAGGAAACCCUUAACCAAGAUUGUAACUGCGGUAAGUAGCCAGAGAACCUUCCCACACCAGGUUCGUCAUAUAAGUGGUCGCAUCCCGCACUACCGAAAAGCGAUGUAAGUUAUUUAACCACGUACUAACCAGGGUUAAAUUAGAUGCAAAACUCACCAUUUGUGAGCAACUUGUACCUAGCUAGAAAUCGUCGUCAAGAGUGGAGUAAAUCAUUGAGAUUAGUUAAUUGACCUGUCCGGUGGUUUAUUGCCGAUUUCCGCUUAACUCUAAUUCGUUAACAAAAGAUUGUGUAAGUACGCUUUGGUCUAGACCCAGACUAAUCCAAUCUAGAAAUGCCCCGAAAACAUGCAGUGGAUCUUCAGCACGUAAAUGUCCGAGAGGCGUAUGAUGGAC